CUUUGAACAAGUACCACUCCACCUAGGGCUGGAUAUCCUGAUUUGGUUCCUCGUUGACUUUCUGUCUGCCUCACGGAGGAAUUAUGAGUAAAGAAAGCAGCUGCAGACAACUGCUAUCCAGAAGCCACAAGUUUUUGUAAGAAUCACAUCUGUACAUCACCCAAGACAGAACAAUGGCUUUAUCGCUGGAAGAAUUCGUCCAUUCCCUUGACCUACGGACCCUCCCCAGGGUCGUAGAAAUCCAGUCAGGCAUCUACUUUGAAGGGUCUAUUUAUGAAAUGUUUGGCAAUGAAUGCUGUUUGUCAACAGGGGAAGUGAUUAAAAUUAUGGGUCUCAAAAUUAAGAAGAUCAUGGCUGAAAUUUGUGAGAAUUCUGGAGAUUCUGAGUCUCAGAAGCCGUUUGAACUGCCUCUGAAUUUCCCAGGUCUAUUUAAGGUCAUAGCUGACAAAACUCCAUACCUUACAAUGGAGGAAAUCACAAGAACCAUUCAGAUUGGACCAAGUAGACUAGGACAUCCUUGCUUUUAUCACCUGAAGGAUAUAAAACUAGAGAAUCUCACCAUAAAGCACGGUGAGCCAAUAAGACUCAACUCAGUUGAAGAGCUCGAUGGAGAACUGCUGGUGAAUUGUGGUUUGGUAAGGGAUCAUCAGAGUCACUCAUUUACUUUGCCACUGUCACAAGAAGGAGAAUUCUAUGAAUGUGAGGAUGAACAUAUUUACACCCUAAAAGAAAUUGUUGAAUGGAAGAUUCCUAAGAACAGAACACGGACUGUGAAACUUACAAAUUUCUCAAAUAAGUGGGACUCACCCAAUCCAUUCCCUGAAGGCUUUUAUGGUACUGUGAUUCUCAAGCCUGUUUAUGAAAUCCAAGGUGUGCUGAAAUUUCAAAAGGACAUAGUCCGGAUUCUCCCCAGUUUAGAUGUUGAAGUCAAGGAUAUUACUGACUCUUAUGAUACUAACUGGUUUCUUCAGUUGCUGUCUACAGAAGAUCUUUUUGAAAUGACCAGCAAAGAGUUUCCUGUAGUAGCAGAAGUCAUUGAAGUAUCUCAAGGGGACCAACUGCCCCGAAGUAUUUUACAGCCUGGGAAAACCAUUGUGAUCCACAAAAAGUUUCAGGCUUCUAGGAUUCUAGCUUCAGAAAUUCGAAGCAAUUUUCCCAAAAGACACUUCUUGAUCCCUAGUAGCUACAAAGGUAAGUUCAAAAGGAGACCCCGGGAGUUCCCAACGGCCUAUGACCUGCAGAUAUAUACGACUGAGAAGGAAACUCUCCACGUGGUGGCCACCAAAGCCUUCCACACACUUCACAAGAAGCUGUCCUCUGUGUCUGUUGGGGACCAGUUUCUAGUGCGUCAUUCAGAGACCACAGAAGUCAUCUUUGAGGGAACAAGAAAAGUGAACGUUCUGGCCUGUGAAAAGAUCCUCAAUAAGUCCUAUGAGGCAGUCCGGCUCCCUCUGUACAUGGAAGGAGGUUUUGUUGAGGUGAUUCAUGACAAGAAACAGUACCAGCUUUCAGAGCUCUGUACACAAUUCCGCUGGCCCUUCAAUGUAAAGGUAUCCGUGAGAGAUCUCUUCAUCAAAGAUGACAUUUUGGCAGCUACCCCAGGACUGCAGUUGGAGGAGGAUAUCACAGACUCCUACCUACUUGUUAGUGACUUUGCCAAUCCCGGGGAAUGUUGGGAAAUUCCUAUGGGCCGACUGAAUAUGACUGUUCAGCUAGUUAGUAGUAGUAAUUUGUCUGUGGAUACAGGGCCAACUCAAGUAAGGACUCUGGUAGAAGAGAUCACAGAAGAACAAUAUUACAUGAUGAGGAGGUAUGAAAGUUCUCUUUCACAUCCUCCGCCUCGCCCUCCCAAACAUCCCUCAGCAGGAGAAACCAAGUUAACCUCGCUCAGCUUUGCAGAAGAGGGAACAGGAGAUCUGCCCAAGUCUCCUAAGAGUCACCAUGCAGACAGAGCCAAGAAACUGCACCCAGAUCAAGGUGGCCUGGAUCCAAGAACACCCGUUGGUUCUCAGAACGACUUGGCCAAUAUGGAGAGAGAGAAGAGCAAGCACCAACGUGAUUGCAGGUCAGUUAAACCACACACGAUUGCUUCAAUGACCUACCUGACAAAAGCACAAUGA